GGCGGGGACCCCCUUGGUGUUUCCGCUCUCUCAAUGCCCAUUCUGUGUGGGUUCCUGAUUCUCUGCGGGUUCUUUCCUGCUGAAGACAAUUCUCUUCCUGUCCCAGCCUCAGAUUGGGGGGCUGAGCCCGGGGCUUCAGUGGUGUGCACGGCCACAGCCUCAUGGGUAGAACAGCCUCAUGGGUGGAAUGCGCCCGCCAUCCCAGCCUAGACGAGGGGGCUGAGGGUCAGGGUGGGCAUUCGUCGCGCCCCUUUUCGACCUUUGUAGGUCGAAGCUGGGUGAGGGGCUGGACAAUGAGCCUCCUUUUCCUUGAAAGAAGGAAUUUUGACUGGGACAAUAGGGCCCUGUCUGCUGUGGCAUGGGGAGUGGUGACUGACUCAACUCUGGCCCCUAAGCCCUAACAAAUGUCAUCAAGAGAUGGGGACAGUUUUCCCCUUGGUGCCCUGCUGCCCUCUGUGACAACUUGCCCUUCUUUCUUCAGCUGAUCUUGCUGCUUCUGGGACCUGAGCCACUUGCGCAUGCGCGUUCUCUCUCUGCCCCUAAUUCUGCCCCAGAGAGCUGGGUUGAAGGGGUGUGUGUGUGUGUGUGUGUGUGCGUGCACUGGGGCCCACAGAGCCAGUAGCUCUGCUGCCUUUGGGCAUCUAGAAGCAGGGGGCUCAGAGGGUGGAUAUUUCCAGGGAGCCUUUUGUUGCAGUGGGGGUGAGGGCAGUGAGACUUGACCCCAUUGCAUUGACCAGGCUGGAGCUGAGGAGGCGGCUUGUGGAAGGGGGCAGGAAUGGGAGGACCCUGUCUGGCCCGGCCCCUCCUCUCCUUCCCAGCCUGCCCAGGCCCACCCACUAGUCUGAGUUUUACUGCUGCGGGACUGCUCUGCCUGAAGUCUCCCGGGAGAAAAGGGGAAGCCAGGUGGGGAGAGAAUGUCAUGGGGAGAGUGGGGGUUACUCGGAGUCUUAGCGUGGGUGGGAGUUGGGGGACACUAAGUUGGGAGUGUGUGGCAUCAGGUUGUAUGUGAUGGUGUGGGUGUGUGAAGGUAGCAGGAUGGUUUAAAGUGUGGCAGCUGCAGGUGCUUGGGUUUGUGUGUAAGGUGCGAAGGUGUACAUCUUGGGUCUUGAAAGGAUGAAGAUGAAAUUGUAGGAGGGCAUGUUAGACAGGAAGGAUAACACGUGUUUUGCAGAGAGGAUGAGGGGCGGAUAGGCUGCGGGGUGCUGGAAUGUGGUGGGAGCCUGGAUGCUGCUCGGUGGAUCAUGAUAUGCUAAAAGGGUGGUGCCAGUUAAAGGUACACACUGGUGCAGACAAUCCAGGUGUGAAAUGAGUGCCUGUCAUUUCCUUAGAAGGGCUGGCAGACUGCUCUUGGUGGGGCGGAGACCACAGCAGAGGGAAGAGCAUCCAUUAAUCUUUUCUUGCCUGCAGCCCUCGGAAGUCCGAAGUCAAAGAGGAUCAUGGGGCCUGGGGCUGAGCUGCGCACUCUCUUAGGCGGACUCUUCCUCUUCCUGCGACUGCUGUCAGGCGAGGGGGCCAAGGGUGGAUCCCUCAAAGCGAGUCAGGGGGUCUGCGCCAAGCAGACACUGAUGGUCCCGCUCCGCUACAACGAAUCCUACAGCCAACCAGUGUACAAACCCUACCUGACCCUGUGUUCUGGGAGGCAGGUCUGCAGCACGUACAGGACCACGUACCGCGUGGCGUGGCGGGAGGUGAGGCGCGAGGUGCCGCAGACCCACACCACGUGCUGCCAGGGCUGGAAGAAGCGGCACCCGGGGGCGCUCACCUGUGAAGCCAUCUGCGUCAAGCCUUGCCGGAACGGAGGCAGCUGCGUCCGGCCCGGCCAGUGCGAGUGCGCCCCCGGCUGGGGAGGGAAGCACUGUCACGUGGACGUGGACGAGUGCAGGGCCGGCGUCUCCCUCUGCUCGCAUCGCUGUCACAACACGGCUGGCAGCUUCACCUGCGGCUGCCCUCACGGUCUGGUGCUGGGACCCGACGGUCACACUUGCACGGAGGGGUCCCCGGAAGCCCCAACUAGUGCCAGCAUCCUCAGCGUGGCCGUUCGGGAGGCAGAACCGGAUGAGCGCGCCUUGAGGCGUGAGGUUCGUGAGCUUCGAGGGCGCCUGGAGCGACUGGAGCAGUGGGCCAGUCAGGCCGGGGCCUGGGUUCGGGCGGUGCUGCCCGUGCCGCCUGAAGAGCUGCAGCCAGAACAGGUGGCAGAGCUGUGGGGCCGAGGCGACAGAAUCGAAUCCCUCAGCGACCAGGUGCUGCUGCUGGAGGAGAGGCUGGGCGCCUGUUCCUGUGAAGACAACAGCCUGGGCCAAAGCCUCAAUCACCGAUAAGGAGCUCCGCAGCACCCCUGCCCCCUAAUUUAUACAGAAACUGGACCCACUAAUCCUCUGGCAUUGGCCACCUGGGAGCUGCAGAUAAGGCUACAGCAGUGCCGAGCUGAAGAGGGGGUGCAGGUUGCCCUGCAGCUGGCCCCAGUCUUCUGGCUGGGGGCAGGUUGCCUGGGCAAGGACUGCUUGUUCAACUCCUUAACAAACACAAGAAAAUGCCCGAUCUCUUUC